CUUUUAACCUGGGCAAGGCUCCUUUCUCUAUCUGUUUUCUCUCUCUUCGGUUCGUGUCAAGUAUCCGGCCAAUCCAGUUGAUAUCAGCAAAUUCGCUACGCCCGCCGGCAAUUACACGGUAUUCCGAAUUUAACGAGCCGAAAUAAAGGGGGGAAAAAAAAUGAAGAAAUACGGUUUGCAACUUCGGGUUCAACCGCAGCAGAAAAAACAGCCCACCAAACCCCCAAUUCCCGCCCCACUUGGCUUCAACGACGAAGAUGACGAUGAUAAUGUUGAAAGAGAGAUUAUGCGACAGGCGUACAAAAACAAAACUCACAAAGAUGUUGAAGAGCAGCAUAAGAAGGCUCUUGAAGAAGACCCGUCGGUGUUCGAUUACGAUGGAGUAUAUGAUAAGAUGAAGGAGAAACAAGUUCUUCCUGCACAGCAGGAGCGCGUUGAUAGAAAGCCAAGAUAUAUUCAAACAUUAAUGGACAAGGCGAUACAACGAGAAAGAGAUCAUGAAAUAAGCUACGAGAGGAAACUUGCUAAAGAGAGAAGCAAAGACGAACAUCUCUAUUCAGAUAAAGAUAAGUAUGUUACUAGUGCUUACAAGAGGAAACUUGCAGAGCAAGCCAAAUGGAUGGAGGAAGAGAGGCUCCGUGAAAUGAGAGAAGCAAAGGACGACGUCACAAAGAAGACGGACCUAACCGAUUUCUACUUCAACCUGGGCAAGAACGUAGCUUUUGGUGCUAGAGAUGGUGACUCGUCGAAAACCGAAAAGCAGGCUGAGGAGGUUGCGGCUCAGCCGCCACAACAAGUCUCUCCACCACCAACUGUUGCUAGUCCGGAAACAUCUAGAACAGUGAAGUGGGAUCGAGACGAGAUUCCCGAGAAUAUUCCUCCCAACGAAAAAUCUGACCGUCUUUCUGAAACUUACCCACAAGAUAAGGUCACAAAAGACGAGCCAUCAGCUAGUAAUCAAGUGACACCUGGCGAUCUGAAAAAGAGCGAGGAUGCAGUGGUUGAAGCAAAGAACCAUCAUAAAAGAAGUGAGGAUGCAGUGGCUGCAGCAAAGGAACGAUUUUUGGCACGAAAGAAAUCAAAAGUAUGAACGAGAGGUAACGUGUUAUGACUGAGCCGAUGAUAUUAUUUCUUUUACGAAUCAAUGUUGGGGGAGUUUCUACUAGGACAGGUUUUAUUAAGCAAGGCAAAAAGAUGUCUUACAUUAAGAUCAUUGACCCGAAUAUUUUAUUUCAUCAUUAAAAUACACAAUUAAAAAUUCAGUUUCAGUUUAA